AUUUGAAAGCUUCCUGGUUCUGGUUUCCGGUAACCAUUUUCUAUGUUUACAAACAACAAAGUCGAGGAAAAUCCAUCAUCAUCGGCGUAAUUAUCUGCUGUCAGAUUAAAUCUGACUAUUCUAUUCAUGAAACAAAGUAGCAGCAGAUAUAUAUCUACUCAUAAUUGCCAAUUGUAUGCAGAAUGAGCUUUCUGUUUGGAGGCCGAAGUAACAAGACCUUCAAGCCUAAGAAGAACAUUCCUGAAGGCACGCAUCAGUAUGACUUGAUGAAACAUGCCGCUGUCACGCUGGGCAGCGGGAACCUGCGACAGGCGGUCAUGUUACCUGAGGGGGAGGAUCUCAAUGAAUGGGUGGCGGUCAACACUGUCGAUUUCUUCAAUCAAAUUAACAUGUUGUAUGGAACCAUAACAGAAUUCUGUAUAGAGGAAACUUGCCCUGUGAUGUCAGCGGGACCAAAGUAUGAGUACCACUGGGCAGACGGACAGACUGUGAAGAAACCCAUCAAAUGCUCUGCUCCAAAAUAUAUCGAUUAUCUCAUGUCAUGGGUCCAAGACCAGCUAGAUGACGAAAACCUAUUCCCCUCAAAAAUAGGAGUGCCAUUUCCCAAAAAUUUCCUGUCUAUUGCCAAAACUAUACUAAAAAGACUAUUUCGUGUGUAUGCCCACAUUUACCACCAGCACUUCAAGGAGGUGGUGCAACUGAGCGAGGAGGCCCAUCUCAACACCUCCUUCAAGCACUUUAUCUACUUUGUCCAGGAGUUCAACCUCAUUGAGCGCCGCGAGCUGGCACCGCUACAGGAACUCAUCGAUAAGCUGACCAGCAAGGAUCGCUAGGGUGGCCCCACGCACCACCGGCGAUUCCCGCCCCCAAACAUGUGUGACAGGACUAGUCGAUUUUGAAUAUACACUACUGUUAUCUCACUGCUGUGAGGACAUUUUGGGAUCUGGACAUCUCCUGCAGGGACACGUUUCUAUUGCUGAAUUUUACCCAUGUUCACCCUUUUAUUAUUAUGCGCAUUUUUUCAGCCCAGCAUCCAUUCAUUUCUAUUUGUUGGCCAUGCUUUCAAAUGGAAGACUUUUUUUCGUUUAUCUUUUAUUGUGAAUUUUGAGUUUUUAACACACCUUUUUCUCAUGUUACUCGAUGAUGCUAUUUUGUUCAAACUACUUAAAAACUUCAUAUUCACUCGGUAUAUUUUGUACAUAAGAGUCUUCGUUCAUUUUGAAAUUUCCAAAAAAGUUUGCUUGCAAUCAGUUAUCAGUCUAAUUUUAAAAUUACCUUUUACUAGAUGGAUACUACGGUACAUAUGUACUGCAUUUUAACUAAUAUGUGUUUCUCCUGCCUUUUCUUUUGAUAAAGAAUGUGAAGGGGAAAGACAUGCUUUCUCUGAGAGAAUACAAAAUAUUAAUCAUGUUAUGUUUUAGAAGAUUUGAAUGUGUAUCCAUGUUAUAUGCAGUAAAUAUAUGAUAUGCCAUAUCAAUCUUUGAACUAGAGAAGGCGUGUUUAAGCUUGAAAUAGGGAAUUUUAUUCUAUUUUUAAGGGUGCAAAGAUGACUGUGAUAAGGAAGAAGUUAGAUAAUUUCUUUAAAAUUUUAUUUUGGGGACUUACAAGAAGGAUAGAUAUUUUUGGGGUUUAUUGGGUUUUUAGGUACUGUAGGUGCUGUAUAUCUGAGAACAUGAUCAAUUCUCUAGCAUCAGAUUAUUCUUCAUUUGUAUGUUCACUCAUUCUCUACAAUACAUGCAUGUACAUAUUUAUAUAUAUAGUUUUCUAUUGACCCUCAUUUGAUCCCAUUUUGAUUGUUAUGCCAGGAGAUGAAAAAUAUAUAUACUCAUUUUUUUUUUUAUUUGCCCAUGUAUGCUACACAAUUAUAACGCCCUGUUAACUGGUUCCCUGCUAAACUGGUUCAAGUGCUUAUUGCCAGAGUGCUUCUUGUGUGUCACGACCAAAUAUGGAGCAGGCAAAUUUUAUGUCCUUCAAAGUCAAACUGCUAUUUAGUGCAAUAGGUAAUAACUUGUAUGAAGAUGCUUCUAGAUAUCUGAAUGAAUAUAAACAUGUGUACCAUACGUAGGUUUGCUUAUUUUUGAGCAAUAAUUUUUUAAUAAUUUUUUUUUGAAAAAUUGCGUAAUACAUCCCGAAAUCCUAGCUGUGUCUCUUUGUUAUACACGUCUUUCAGAGUUCAGGAAUAGUGAAUGGAAAUAAGUUUGAAUUAUUGAGCUUGAUCAUUACUGUGUACAUGUGAAGUUCUAGACUUUGUAAAAUGGAUUAAGAUAAUGCAUGCGUUUGCUUCCAGAGAGAUGUUUAAUGUAAAAAAAAAAAUUUAGGCCAUUUUACAUUUUCCAAAUCGCUGUUUCCUCCUUUGAAGUCUUUGUAGUUCAACAAAAAAGAAGUGUAUUAUAAUUUUGGGUUUAAAAUGUACAGCAUAAAAUGUCAAAAUUCAGCGAAAAACGAAAUUGUAAAGCAGGAAGGGGGAAACAUUUAAUUCUCUGCAAGGCUUUUAUUUGUUUUCUUUAUUAUUUGACAAAGAAAGGAGUAUUUUUAUGCCAAAAAUUAUUUUGUGUCAUUGCACAUGUGUCAUUGUUAUUAAUGUAGAUACAUGUAAUGAACAUGAUACCACAUUAAAUCAUACAAAAUCUA